CGACCAUGUUGUUAAGAAGCACAACAAAAGACGAGUGGAUUUAAGUGCAUUCAGUCCGUUUUGAAAACAGGAUAAUUUUUGACGUGUUUAAUCUGAUUUAUACAGAAAAAAAACCAUCAGCACAGGGAGUGGAGGUUGAGGUCUACUUGGGUGAUCACGCUGUGAAAAAAAAAAGACAGACUCUUCCGUACAUGCUUUAAAAGCAGGAACUGGACACCGGAGUGCUGUACACGGAGACCGUGAAGUCGUCUUUCGAUUUUGGACGCCCGUUUCCCUGAAGUGCUGCUGUUCUGCUUUAUGGAUUUUGAACAAACCAGAGAGACCAUUUUAUGAAAAAAAAAAAAAAACAACAAUUGAGAAACUGGAUAUUGCAUCGACUCACAAUCACCAAGGAUUGACACUUGCUUGUUCUUGGGGACAAAAAUUGUGGAACUGAGAAGGAACGGUCAUUUGAUCCAGUACCUAAAACUUUCAGGACAAUACAAAUAAAAAAAAUAAAAAUUAAAAAAGAGUGAUAUUGAACUUCCUGAUAAGAAGAGAAGCAUUUUUUCCCGCUCUUAUAUUACGGCACUCACAUUUUCUCCAACCUGCAGGUGUAUAAUUUUUCUAUACCCCGAGCAGGUGUAUUCUAUUUAUCCAUAUAAAUGGUUAUUUCUCUUCAUUUGGAAGAGCUUUUGUGUUGAACCUAUUCCUGUGACGUCAGUGACUCUCCUUUGAAGAAGUUGCACUGUACAUGUACAUAAAUGUAAAUGUUUUGUAAAUGAUAAACAAUCUAAGAUUAUAUUAGACCUUUUUGUAAAUGUUUUAGGACUUUUUAUAGACCAGUUGUUGUAAAAAGCAAAAAAAAAGAAAAAACAAAGCAACAAGGAUAGCUGAACUUUUGAUAACUUUAACGAAGAAGAAGAAGAAAGAAACGACUUGAUGGCAACUGCAAAGAUGGAGAACGUGGGUGCUGUCACGAUGGGGCUCAGCAAGCCAAACGGGCAGCUCCGGGGGCUGAGCUCGCAAUCGGGACCCACCGUUCAGGGCAAUCCGUUUGCAAGAGUUUCUACCGGAGUCCAAAAACUGACUCCCGACUCUCAGGAAGGACCUGGAAUCAGGUUUGGCGAAGACUGGAAAAAGAGCCUGCAGCUUCCACCCAAAGACACUAGAAUGAAAACGUCUGAUGUGACCGCCACAAAGGGGAACGAGUUUGAAGACUAUUGCUUAAAGAGGGAGUUACUCAUGGGAAUCUUUGAAAUGGGGUGGGAGAAACCUUCCCCAGUUCAGGAAGAGAGUAUCCCUAUUGCUCUCUCCGGUCGUGACAUCCUGGCUCGCGCCAAGAACGGAACAGGAAAGAGCGGCGCGUAUCUUAUCCCCAUGCUGGAGAGGAUAGACUUGAAGAAAGACUAUAUUCAGGCCUUAGUAAUGGUGCCCACUCGUGAGCUCGCACUACAGGUCAGCCAGAUUAGCAUUCAGCUCAGUAAACAUCUUGGCGGAGUCAAAGUCAUGGCCACCACGGGCGGAACGAACCUACGAGAUGACAUCAUGCGCCUGGAUGAAAUCGUGCAUGUUGUCAUAGCGACACCAGGAAGGAUCCUGGACUUGAUCAAGAAGGGUGUAGCGAAAGUGGAUAAAGUUCAGAUUAUGGUAAUGGAUGAGGCGGAUAAGCUACUCUCCCAGGACUUUGUGGUGCUCAUCGAGGACAUCAUCAGCUUCCUGGACAAGAACAGACAGAUUUUGCUGUAUUCCGCCACCUUUCCCACCAGUGUGCAAAAAUUUAUGGCGAAGCAUUUAAAGAAGCCGUACGAGAUCAAUCUGAUGGAAGAGCUGACUUUGAAGGGCAUCACGCAGUACUACGCCUAUGUUACUGAGAGGCAGAAGGUGCACUGCCUUAACACGCUCUUCUCCAGGCUGCAAAUCAAUCAGUCCAUCAUCUUUUGCAACUCGACUCAGAGGGUUGAACUGCUGGCCAAGAAAAUUACCCAACUGGGAUACUCCUGUUUCUACAUACAUGCCAAGAUGAUGCAGGAGUACCGAAACCGGGUUUUCCACGACUUUAGAAAUGGUUUGUGCAGAAAUCUGGUCUGCACAGAUUUGUUUACGAGAGGCAUCGACAUCCAGGCAGUGAACGUGGUCAUCAACUUCGACUUCCCGAAGAGCGCGGAGACGUAUCUACAUCGCAUCGGGCGCUCAGGGAGGUUCGGCCACCUGGGUCUGGCCAUUAACCUGAUCACGGCGGAGGAUCGCUUCAACCUGAAAGCCAUCGAGGACCAGCUUGUGACUGAUAUCAAGCCUAUUCCCAGCAGCAUCGAUAAAAGUCUGUAUGUGGCAGAGUUCCACACAGCCAACGAUGAGGCAGAGGAGCAGGAGACACCUGGGGACACCUAAAGUUUCUUCAGAACUGGACAAGUCAGUGAUACGAAGAAGCAGUGCGGAAAUGUUGUUAAAUGAAUGAAUACUUAGAUUUAUUUUUUUGUUUGUUUGUGUGUGUGUGUGUGUGUGUAGGAGAGAAAGGGAGAGAGCGAUCCCUAAUAUCGACAAAGCUUUUUUUCCUUUUUUCUUAUAGCUGUAUGAGUUUCUGCUUAAAGUUUUUUAUUAUUUUUUUUGGUUUGUUUUAGGGUCUAAACAUUUUACAUCUCGUAAAUUUUACAGCUCUCGUCUCCUCAGGACAAACCUGGAGUUGCACAAAUUUCAGCUUUUGCUCACACACACACACACACACACACACACACACACACACACACACACACACACACACACACACACACACACACACACACACACACACCAGCAUUUGGGCUCUGACCAGUGUCCAAAGGAAUAUUUGUGUUUUAGUUUUUAAUUUCAAAAUUCGUCAAAGAGUGUAUCACUGGCCGAGCUGAACUUGUUUUAUGCUCUGCAGAAGAGAAGAGAAAAAAAAAAAAAGAAAAAAAACUUAAAAAAAAAAAAAAAAAGACAUAAGCAACAAAAUAUCUAUACAUUCCAGAGAUCACUUCAGCCUACUUUGGUUAGAUAAGUAAGGAUUUGGUUGAUUCUCAUAAAUAUCAUCAGUACUGUGCAAAAGUCUUGACCCCCCCCCCCCCAACUCCACCCCCGUUUCUUCAUAUUAUAUUAAAUGAAAUGAUGUAGAUUAUUAUUUUUUCUUUUUUAAAAUAUAUAUAUAUAAAUAAAUGUAACGGGCCGUAAAGUGCCUAAAAAUAUGAAUUAAAAGCUGGUCAUUAAUGUAACAACCUCACCAGCAGCCUCAUUUCCCCUCUCGUCUGGUUCAACCACUCAGCAUUAUUCAGCAUCACCACUAUACUAAUCACCGGCCUAAUCAUCAGUCAUUUCGUGCUGGUUUAUUGGAUAAGUGAGAUUUUUAUUUUAUUUUUUUUAAAGCAUGAAUGAUUAAAAAACUAAACAUUCCUCUGAAACUGGUCAGUGACUGAAAACGAGAGAAAAACAAUACAAACAGUCUCGAUCUUUGGUAGCAAAAUAUAAACAAAUGAGGGAGCUCAAGACUUUUGCAUAGUACUGUGUGUGUAUGUGUGUGUAUAUAUUUAUACACAAACACAC